AUGAUUUUAUUGUAUAUCAGUAUUGAUAACAUAGAAUUAUGUCCUGGACCAGGUGGUGACCCAAAACAGUCAAAUAUGUAAGCAAGUAGAGCUCUAAACAUUCUCAAAUGAAAUCAAUGUCAUUCUAGGAGAUGAUUUUGGAAAGAAGUGAUUUUUUGUUUUCUUUUGCAUUGUGAACUUCUCCAGUUCUUCACUUAAUCCAGACGAGAGCCGUACAGUGCACCUCCACCUCACACAGACUCAGCAACUCCUUCCGUCCUGGGAUGACUAUGUUGACGAAGCGGCCGUCCAUCCCCUUACAAUCAAACGCACCGGCACCACCUGCAGGGAUACUUGUGAUCACAGCACACCUGGCAGAAGAAGCAGAAAUGACUUUAUUGAGUUCAAUUAAGGCGCACAUCAGUGGACUGAUAUAGUCUACGUUCACGAGCUACAAAGACUUCCACACUCUGAUGUACACGUGUGCUGCAGAGUUUGACUUCAUGGAGUUAGAGACCCCUUUAAAAUACCUUAAAACUUUGCUGCUGCCCAUCGACAUGCUGGUGGUCGCUGUCAUCGCCUGGAGUGGAGAGAACCAAGCUGGUGUACUCCAUGUACAGCCGCAUGUCUGCAGACACAGUGAAGGGGAACCUGAUGACGCUGGGGGUGGACUUCUUCGUCCUGGAGGAUUCCUGGUGCACCCGGAGAACAGGCCCGGGUGCAGCAUGCCAGAGAUCUGGGACAUUGAGGAUUCCCAAAACAUUGGUAAAGUUCCCCUUUGCACCCACAUGUCCAGAAGCUCACGACCCCACUUCACCACAGUCUUCUCCAACGACAUCUACAAAGUUCUCAAAGUCUCCAAAGAUCUCAGAUAACACCAUGAGAUGGACUAGUUCAGGACCUGUUACUAUUUCACUAGGUUUUGAUCAGUCACUGCCAUUGCUGCUUUUUAAUCGAAGCCCAACAGCCCCCCCUCUUUGCGGUACUCUGAUUCACUGAGCGGUUGGACAUUGCGUCCUGACUUCUCAGUAUCUGUGGACUGUUGCCAACCAUCUUUACUGCUGCAUUGUUUUCAUCCAGCAAUGUUUCCAUUGCGCCAAAAGGUUUCCUAGCUUUUUAUUGUUCCCUUGGUUCUGUCAUAUAGAAUCUUUACUUUCGGAAACGGUGUUUUCAAAGACAUGCUGUUCAUACAUCAGUAUUAUUUCUUAAAGGUGGGGUAGGUAAUUUUGGAGAAACCAGCUCGAGUGCGCGACAACCGGA